AUGGCAAGCACAUCGAAGCAAAAUUAUACUUCAUCAGCAUCAACAUCUCCCAUCACCGCCCCUUCCUCUUCAGUCAAUAACGAAUAUCAUAAUAACACCAGCCCGGCACCAAGGCAAAUUUUGCCAAUGUCACGACGCGUGUCUCCCAACCAUCAAAUUUACCAUCAUCCACAACAGAUUCCUCAUCACCAACAAUAUCAGCAACCUCUUCAUCACCAACAACGAAAUUUGACCCCAAGACCAAGAAUAUACACACCACCAGUUGUUGUGCCUACACAAUUCGGGUCACCAGAGGAUUACGCGGUGUCAUCGAUUGUUGAUGUUGGUAACCUUUCGAAAGACAACAUGCUUAUGCUAUCGCCGCAUCCGAUGCCGUCUCCCAUGGAAUAUUUUCAUCAACCUCCUUCUUCGCCAGGUUAUUAUCAACAGCAGCAUCAUAAUAACAGCGGUCAACACAUGCAUGGAUAUAGUGGAAAUUAUUAUGAUCAGCAACAACAAGCUGCUGCUUAUCUUAUGAAUAGAUAUCAACAUGUUCCAUCUUCACAUCAGCAACAACAGCAAUCAGUGAUGCAAGGGCGAAUAUUACAAUCUCAUCAACCACAGCGAUUGGUAGAACCUUAUCAUCAACUACAACAGCAACGACAAACUCAAUCAUCGCAACAACAGCAAUCGAGAGUUGAGCAAUCAGCAGGUUUAGAUGCUGUAGCUGCUGGAUUCUGUGAUAAUUGCACGAACAUGUUUGUAAAUUCGGGAAUGCCAAUCGAUUCAUUUGUCAAUCAAGCAGCAUGCAAUAAAUGCAAGAAUAGAUUCUGGGCGAACUCGGGAAUUGAUAUGAAUAGGUCUGCGCAGGAUGAACAAAUGAUGCACCAAUUGAUCCCUUCGACGUUACACACUCGAAUUCCACGAGAUAUCCCAUCUCAACGUCCAUUGAUAUCUCAAGAGUUAGCGUCAGCAAAUAUCGAUUCGUCUACGACAGUUCCCACCCAAAAUAUUGCUGAACCUCUCAUCACAUCCUCGCCAUCAUCGGAUUCGGUGGUUGUUAAUAAUCCGCCAAUUUCUGCCAUCGAAAACUCAGCAGACUCAUCAUCGUACAUCUCAUUAUACGAGCAAAUCCCAAUCACACAUUACGAGGAGAAGAAAGCCGUCCUGAAAAAUAGCAUCUUGCAUGAUGUGUUCUUCUCGGAUGAUUUCUCGAAAAAUGAUCAAGAUUUUAUGGGUUUUUUGCAUUUUGACAGCGAAGCGUCAUCAGAUACUGAAGCAUUGACGCCUGGCCGGGACAAUUCUCCUCCCCUCUCGCCAACUACUCCUAACGAAUUCUUGGGUGGAGAAGAAGAAUUUAAUCUAUUUUUUAACGAUGAUGGAGAUGCGGACUGUGUCAAAGAUUCGUUAUUGAAUAUCCAGACAACAACUGUGACCUCCAUGUUGUCUUCGGGAAAAUCAAGUUCCAUGACUAACAGCAAUAACAAAAUCAAGGAAAGUAACACGUCCACAACCUUCAAGCCAUCAAAGAUUAAUAUGCUAAAGCUUAACGAUGCGAUACAAAAUGCGUUACAAAGUAUUCCCUCGUUACUAGCAGUACCAGAACCUCCGGUUAAAGAACAAGAGGAAAAUAUCGGUAGUAUUACCAGCGGUAAUAAUAAUAGUCCAGUAAUCGAUUCGAUCCUAGAAUCGCGGGUUCAUCAUCAAUUUGAAGGUCGUCCUCUUCAGAUUCGACCUAGCUAUAUCGACAUCAACUCUGAUAUUCCGAGUAUUCCGAGUCCACCGCUCAAAACUCCUGAACUAGUAAGUGAUACGAGACGUAAGCGAAAAGCAUCAUUUAGUUGGUCAGAUAAAGGCGUUACUUCAGAUAAUGAAGAAGAAAUAACGACAAUCGCAAGUGGCAAAGUUAACGAGAAGCUAACUAGCAAUAAAUCGCGCAAAAUCACUGAUAAUAAGAAAAUAUCGAACAACCCAAUAAAAUUAAAGAUGAAAAAGUCUGAUAUUGAUGAGGAGGAUUCGAGCAAUUCCGAAAAAAUGAAAACAACGAUCUCCAAAAAAGGAACGAUAAAUAAAACUCACAAGAAACUGAAGAUCACAACCAAUUUAACCAUCACCUCUUCCGCUUCGACUUCCUCCAAUAAGGUGUCAAAAUCAAAAUUAAAGAAUAAUGCUAGUAACAAUAAUAGCAAUGGCAACAGUAUUACAAAAAAUGGCACCGGCACACAAAGUGGGAUCAAUAAACGCCGAGUCAAAAAAUCUACCUCAAAACUGACGAUAAAUACAGCGAUAAUUCAAGAAAAACCUCAAAGUAAAAUUAGUUUACCAAAUUCGCCUUUCAUUACCGAAUCCCCAACAUCGUCAGAUUCACUGCUCACCGCCACUGAUUCGGAACUUCAACAACGUGAAGACGACCUGCAAAUGGAAGAAGUGGAACAAGAAUUAUGUGAUCCACGACCCACUCAAAUUCCCACCAUUUUCGAAUCUUUUACUGAGUCUGGGGUUGAUUGGUGUCGUUAUUGUGGAACAACCGAAGGUGUUAACUGGCGACCGGGACCUUGGGGCAAGAGAACGCUGUGCAACAAGCAUGGAUGUGAUUACAAAGGAUAUGGAUUUGCUUGCAAACAGCCACGUCUUGAUUUGACCAGCUUCGUUGAUGAACCAGUCGAGAAACGUGAUCGUCCAGUGCUACAACUUUUCUGCACCGGAUGUCAUAAGAAAGAAUCUUAUGUAGGAAAUGUUCUUGUACGAUGUGAAGGUUGUCCACGAGCCUUCCAUCAAAACUGUCAUUGCUCACGAAUCGAAGACGAAAUAGUGGCCAACAAUGAACCUUGGUACUGUGAUCACACAUGCCAAGAUAAUUUACGUCGUCGCCGCAUUGUAGUCGAACUUCCACGAAAAAGACUUCCUCUUAUGUCUACACCAAAAGCUUCGACAUCCACUCCUAACGAAUCGUCAUCAACUGUAAAUGCUGGAACUAGCUCUCGUCCACGCACUUCACGAAAUUCCACCAAAAACUAA